AGCAACACAAAGCUCCAUGGGACAGUGAGGGAGAGGCACAUUUACAGAGAGAUGAGAGGUUAGAAGUCACUAGUUCACAAGAUAAUGAGAGACUGGCUACUGAUUCAGAUCUUGGUGGACAGCUGGUGCGAUGGCUGAAGAGGCUGCAGGCUAACACUGAAAGCGAAACAAGUGUGGGAUUUAACAAGAAUAUCGGCAGCUUGCUACAACAACAGGAAAUACUUGGAUACAACAGGUGAAAGGCACAAUUUUCAAGCAGACCUGCAGCAAAUAACAGAAUGGACGUUGCUUCAAAGUACAUUUGGAGAUAACAUCUGAAAGGAUAUGGACACCUUGUGUCUUGCAUCAUAUACCACUGGACAAAGAAGUAGAAGAGGAGGUGUUAUAUUUUCAGUGCUUUACAUUUUAUUGCAGAUAUUUUUUUGUAAUUAUUUCCAGAUUGGUAGUGUAACCAUAUCAUACUGUGCAGCUCUUCCAGCUUUCUCUCCCAAACUAAUCAUAUGCACUUAGUUAGAUUCAGCAUUUCAUAAAGUGGGGAUCACCUGGUUCCUCUGAUUUAGUGCAUCGUAUACAAUGGGAGGUGUUGAAAACAUGCAGCAAAGUUCAAAUUAAUCAAACCUCUAGAUCUAGAAACUGUAUACAUCUCCAGUGCUUCUUUUUGUGCACAUGGUGCAACUAUGGAUGUUCAGCAUGAGCAAAGUCAAGUUAGUUACAAACUAGUAGAUGUAGCACAGCCCGCCAGAGUGACAGUUCUGAUGAGGUGUUUGAAUCAUGUGGUCCACUGAGAGCAUGGAGCCAGAGAAAGCACACAGCCAGAGAAGCUUCUUCAACAAGGUGGACGUGCCUGAUCAUGUUCACUACAUUGUGGCUUCAUUUGUCUUCAUCAUUGGGGCACUGGGCAUCACUGGAAACUCUCUGGUUAUGUUUGCCUUCUACAGCAGCAAGAAACUUCGUAACUUGCCAAACUACCUCAUCAUGAACUUGGCAGUCAGUGACUUCCUCAUGGCUUUUACGCAGUCCCCCAUCUUCUUCAUCAACUGCCUCUACAAGGAAUGGGUAUUUGGAGAGAUGGGAUGUAAGAUGUAUGCAUUCUGUGGUGCCCUGUUUGGCAUUUCCUCCAUGAUAAACCUGCUGGCCAUCUCGAUUGAACGCUAUCUAGUUAUCACCAAGCCUCUGAAGGCCAUCCACUGGAGCUCGAAAAGAAGAACCACUCUUGCCAUUCUCGUGGUCUGGCUUUACUCUUUGGCAUGGAGUCUAGCUCCUUUAGUUGGCUGGAGCUCCUAUAUCCCAGAGGGCCUCAUGACAUCUUGUACGUGGGACUAUGUUACGUACACGGCAGCCAGUAGGAGCUACACAAUGAUGCUGUGCUGUUUUGUCUUCUUUAUCCCACUGGGAAUCAUCCUUUACUGCUAUCUUCUAAUGUUUCUGUCUAUAAGGAAAACUGGGAGGGAAGUAGAACGUUUGGGGACUCAGGUGAGAAAAUCCACUCUCAUCCAGCAGAAAUCUAUCAGGAGCGAGUGGAAAAUGGCAAAAAUUGCCUUUGUCGUAAUCGUGGUCUACGUCCUCUCCUGGUCUCCAUAUGCCUGCGUCACACUAAUUUCUUGGUCUGGCCAUGCCAACAUCUUGUCGCCAUACUCCAAGACAGUCCCUGCAAUAAUAGCAAAAGCCUCCACUAUCUACAAUCCUAUCAUCUAUGCUAUCAUACACAACAAAUACAGGAUGGCACUGGUGGAGAAAUUUCCCUGCCUGUGGUUUCUGUCUCCCACUCCUCGAAAAGAAUGCAUCUCAUCCUCCAUCAGCGAGUCCUCUUUCAGAGACUCAAUCAUCAGCAGACAGUCGACAGCAUCGAGGACCCACUUUAUUACUGCCUCCUCCAACCUCUCUGACGUGUUGUUGAGGGAUGUGGAGAUGGAGCCUCUGGGCAGGAGGUCAGGCGAUUCCUUCAGAAGCAUAUCAUCACCACACAGUCAGUCCUGUAAGAGGUCCUGUAAAAAACAGUUAGACCGGAAGACAACCAAAACCCACAAAGCAGAGAAGCAUCCGUCUGUCAUGAGUGAACCAUCAAGGACCUGCGAUCACGAGCUGGUUUCCAGUUCUCUGACCAUCGCCGCUCUCCCCCUCCUAGUUCUUACCAGGAGGCGCAGCCACAGUCUGACCAGUGCGAUUUCAGAUGCCUGUGGCGAGAAAGGAAGAAUCUGCGAUAGGCUGAACAGCCACAAGAGCGAUUCUUUUGAUUCCCUGAAUUUUGGAAAAAUACCACCCACAGGCCCCAGAUCACCCCAGGGUGUUCCUCGCAUCAUCGUCAUCAGUCCCACCACUGAAAGCAGCCUCAUUAACCAAGACAGUGUCUCCUUAGAAGACAGCAUUGAGUCAAUGGAGAACAAUGGUUUUGUCACCCUAAACUUUUCAUCAGAAGUUUUUGAGGCACUUGAACUACUUUCUUGACCAACUGGACUACUGAUUACACUUCCACUGGAUGUUUCCGGAUUAAUACAAAUAUACAUCAAACUCUUUGCUACAGGCCAACAUUCAUAUUGGCUAUAAACAUAUGGAGUUAUUCAGCUCUUAUGUAUGCGUGCCCCUCUACUGCCUAAUUGACUGCACUGCAAAAAGGAAAACUUGUAUGGCAAAUGAAACAAUAAGCUGAUUCUGGUAUGCAGUGUGCAGUGUUCAUCAGAGUUUGGCACGGACAAAGGACCCCUAAGGGGCAGCAAGCUUUUAUUAGAUCUUUCAAAAAUGACAAGUGCAACUACAUAUUUUCAAGAGCUUGGGGCUAAAGCUUGACAGGCUGAAUUUAAGUUUAUCUGUGCAAGCAAAGGUCCAUGCAACUGUGAUGUAAACUUUUGAACUGAAACAGAAUUCAUUCUUUAAGCCAACAUCAUGGAUUCUCUUCUGGGCACUGAAGAGAAGCGUUAGGGAUAGUUCCCUCCUCCUCUUUCCUCAGGACUAGGCAAUAUGUGCAAAAAUGUAACCCAACAAGGCAGCAAAUCAAGAGCACUGAUUGUAUGUCUGCUUUGGAAAAGGAGCACACAUGAACAAAAGAAGUCGUUUUUAGUAGGUUUUCUUUUUGGCUUUUAUUACCACAAAGAAUUUGACAGCACGACAUCUUGUGUUGUAACACUAAUCCGUUAGGUCAUAUGGACCGCUUGAGCUUUUUCACUGGCACAGAGUGAAAUGAGGUCAUUUCUAUUAUUCAAAUACUGAAACUGGGUCAAACGUGUCUCAUAAAACAAUGACAUUUUAUCAGCGCAAUAUUUCUCUACAUGUUUAAAUACAGUAUCUAUGCCUGUGCACACGUCAUUUCUCAGAGAGAGUAAAUGAUUUAUGUGGUGCGAGUAUAUGACGUCUGCUUUAUGUAUAUUUUGCCAUUUGAUGCUUGUGCAUCUUUUGGUUUUGUAAGUAUAGAGCUGUUUUGAAAAAAAAGGAGGACAUGCUGGAGAAGCACUUGUAUUUUAAUCAAUAUAACAAGAGUGGACAUUUAAGCUGAUGCAUCUGGUGAUGAUGAUUAUCUGUAACAGCUGGUCUAAGCUUAGUGUUAGUCAAAACACCUGAAUUAGUAGGCAGAAAACUAAUAUUGACGAUCAUCCAAAUCAUAAACUACUUUCAAUGACAGCCCUUUAAGACACCUUUAAAGGACAAAUUUCUUCUUCUUCAGCAGGUGUAAUGGCAAAUAAACUAUCAUUGAUUGCCAGUGUCUGGCAGGAAGAAAGAAACACAAGAAACAAACACUUGAAUCAAUGAAACACUUUAAUCUCUUUAGUUUGCCUAUAAAGUCCACAGAGUUUAUCAUUUCAUUAGAGAAGCAGCGUGUGAAGGUAGGAAAGUAAAAAAGAAAUGUUCUGAUGUUGAACCUGAAUGCACACUGACCUUUGUGCUGCAGCUCUCAUCUGGACAAGCAGAAAAAUGCAGAAAAACACCUGCACCAAUGUCUCACUGAAGGUCACUUGUGUUAUUAUGGGGUUUUUUUACAUUACACCAUAAUAAUAAAUGCAGAAUUUCUUUCUGCUCGUGCUGAUAUGUACAGUUCUACCUUUAAAAUUAUUUUAAACAAAUGAAAGUGCCAGAUGACAUGAAGGGAAGCAUUGUACAUGUCAUUAGCUACGCUGUUAUUAAGCAUCCACUAAGCAUUAAGAGUUAUAUCUGACCCAGACACUGAGGCUGACCAUUCCUAACAUCUCUGAAUUUUUUUCCACUACUUUUUUUCUACAUGUCUGUUUGUCACUUCCUAUCAUUUUAGUUUGACAGCUAACAACACAAAGCGAUCCAAGUCCACCGCACUCUUAAUGCCCUUGAGCUUUUAAGAAGAAAGUAUUUUUUUAGCCUAGUUUGGAACCACAAAAAGUAUUGUAUGUGUUAAAAUACACUUGAAUUUUUGUGUCAGUUUUUAUGCCAGUGGUGACAAAAAUCACACAAAAUUAAAUGAAAUCAUGCCAACAAAGCAUCAUCACUGCACCCUCUAAUGAGUAGCGUUUGUUUACUUUUUAGCAUUACUUACUAUUUCUUUUUUUAUUUACCCACAACAACUUUAAAUAUGUUUCCAUGUUUUGAACUACUGAUGCUAUAAUAUAAUGUGUGUUUCAUGCCUCAACUCAGCUAUUUUAUUUACCACUUUCUAUUCAUUUUGUGCUACUGUAAUAACAUCUGCAAAAUUUGUAUUUAUUGUCUGAAUUUGUGAUCAGUUAAAAAGAGUCUUGGUAGUGAGAGUUGUGGCACUUUUACGGUGUGUAAAGUGUUUGGAUUCACCAAAUCAUGUAGAUAAAGUUAAUAAACCUGUGUUGAACUUCAA